AACUAGUGUACAUAUGUCAGUAGAUCUUAAAGAAAAGCCGGUUACUCCACCAGUAACCGAUGAUAAGUCUCAAACCUUGAACGAAGAAUCUUGGUCAGACAACAUCUCUGAAGCUGAAGAUUAUGACUUCGAUGAUGAGAGAAACUACAAUACCAACUACGUGGAUGAGUUAAACCCCAGAGGUUUAAGAUUCCCCACUAAAGAAGAAUCUCGUACGUUGAGAAGAGUUUUGGGCCAUGCUCCUACGGUGGUGUAUUUGAUCUGUUUAGUGGAAUUGGCUGAAAGAGCCUCCUACUACUCAACCCAAGGUUUAUUAACCAACUUUAUUCAAAGACCUUUACCAGCCGGUUCCACCACUGGUUCGGUGCCAAAGGGUCCAGGAAGCGGUGAUCUUUCUGCCGGGGCCUUGGGAAUGGGUUUACAAACUGCCACUGCCUUGACAUUAUUAUUGACGUUUUUGGCCUAUGUGGUUCCAUUAUACGGUGGUUAUAUUGCUGAUACCAAGAUUGGUAAGUUGAAGGCCAUCUGGAUUGGUGUCGGUGCUGGGUUCAUUUCCCACGUUUUAUUCAUCAUUGCUGGUAUUCCAAGUGUUAUUUCUAGUGGCCAUGCCAUUGCUCCAACCAUUUUGGCUAUUUUGUCCUUAUGUUUUGGUACUGGUUUUAUCAAGCCAAACUUGUUACCUUUGAUCAUGAAUCAAUAUCGUUUCGAGACUGAUGUUGUCAAGGUCUUGGCCUCUGGUGAAAAAGUCAUUGUGGACAGAGAAAAGACUUUGGAAAGAAUGACUUUGUUUUUCUACUGGUGUAUUAAUAUUGGUGCCUUUUUCCAAUUAGCCACCUCUUAUUGUGCCAGAGAUGUUGGUUACUGGUUGGCUUUCUUUGUGCCAAUUAUCAUGUACUUGGUGUUGCCACUUGUGUUGUUCUUUGUUGGACCAAGAUUAAUCAAGGAAGAAGUCCAAGGUUCGGUUAUGACUGAAUUUGUAAAGAUCUUGAGGGUUUCCUACCAAAGGGGUUGGAUUGCCAGAUUGAAGAGCGGUGAAUUCUGGGAAUGGGCCAAGCCAACCAAUAUGGUUGCCAGAGGUGUCACCACCUACAGAAAGACCAAGGCCAUCACCUGGACUGACCAGUGGGUUUUGGAUAUCAAGCAAACUAUUAAUGCUUGUAAGAUUUUCAUUUAUUUCCCAAUCUAUUUGAUGAAUGAUGGUGGUAUUGGUUCCAUUCAAACUUCUCAGGCUGGUUCUAUGUCUUUAAAUGGAGUUCCAAACGAUUUGUUCAAUAACUUUAACCCAUUGGCCAUUAUCAUUUUCAUUCCUAUUUUGGACUACUUGAUCUACCCAUUAUUGAGAAAGAACAAAAUCGACUUUAAGCCCGUGCACAGAAUCACUCUUGGUUUUGUUAUCGCUGCUCUUUCACAAGUUGCUGGUGCCGUUGUUCAACAUUUCAUCUACAAGAAAUCUCCUUGUGGAAACCAUGCUUCUAGUGAGGGAUGUACUGCCCCAAUCUCUGCUUGGGUUGAAGUCCUCUUGUACAUUAUGCAAGCUGUUUCCGAAUGUUUCGCCAACACCACUUCUUAUGAACUUGCUUACACCAGAUCUCCUCCACACUUGAAAUCUUUGGUUAUGUCCAUUUGUUUGUUCAUGUCUGCUAUUUCCGCUGCCAUUUCUCAAGCCAUUACUCCAGCCUUGACUGACCCUCAUAUCACCUGGGCUUUCGUGGCCAUGGCCAUUAUUGGUGUUUUGUUCGCCGUUGCCUUCUUCUUGCACUUCAGAAACUUGCACAUUGAGAUGGAACAAGAAAGAAUUCUUAGAGAAGCUGCUGAAAGACAAUUUUCUACUAUGAUUUCCCACGGAGGACUCGAAAACGACAAAAACUUAGAAGCCGUGACUUCUAUCAAGUCUGCUGUUGUUUACGAGCGCUCGGGCUUGUCACCAAUGGUGAAAAAAAGUUUCAGUUAUUCAACUACAUCUGUAUUUUUCAUAAUGGCUCCAAUCAUGGCGAAAGGAUUUGAUAUCUCCCUAGUACGGACCUCCAAGAAAUCCAAGACCGCUAAGAAGUUCGUCGUUGACUGUUCCGCUCCUAUCGAAAACGAUGUUUUUGACCAAGAAGCUUACGUCAAGUACUUGGUUGAACACAUUAAAGUCGAAGGUAUUGUCGGAAACUUGGGUGACGACAUCUCUGUUACCGCUGAAGGUAACAAGGUUGUUGUUGUUUCCAACGCCAAGUUCUCCGGUAAGUACUUGAAGUACUUAACCAAGAGAUACUUGAAGAAGAACCAAAUUAGAGACUGGAUCAGAUUCGUUUCCGUCAAGCAAAACCAAUACAAGUUGCAAUUCUACAACGUUGGUGAAGACGAAGAAGAAGAAGACGAAGAGUAAACUCUGUAAUAUAGUCGGGUUAUUUUUUAAUACACAAGAACAGAAAGUAAAAGAGGAGUUGGACAGAACUCCA